GUAUACAGCUUCACGCAGUCGGAUAGCAUGUGUAAAACAUUUAAAAAUAGGUCUUUACCUUACGGUCUGACAGGGUCAUGAAUAGUCUCAUGGAUAUGUACCUUAAGGCAUCCGCAUGUCUUAGACAACUACGUACGUUUUUUGACGUCUCAUAUCAAUCGGCCAACAAGGAGACAAGAAGAUAAGACCAGAAAACCCAUGGUAGUACCGAAGCACCCAGAUCAAGCUUAUUCCCGGUAUCCGAUCACUAUAUUUGGCUAGGGUACCCCUUUUAUUUAGAUAUGGUGACAGGGCUAGCAGGGGUUGGGUUGCCGUCGGAACCGCAAACUCUUUAGACGCGGCGGACGCAAUGAUACCAUUCCCAUCCCGGACGUAUCAGCGCUGCUAUUUUUCAUUUCUUCAUACCUACCUAGUAUUUCCUCUUUUUCUAGUAAUGCGGUGAGACGGUGACACAAGGCGAUGCACGAAUAAAGCCUAUUCUAUUAAAAUGAGCGACUCCCUUUCGCCGCCUCCCGAAGUGAUGAUUUUCUAACAGUUGUUCCGCCUCUUGACGUCAGCAGGGCGAGUCCUUCAUGGCGCGCUUGCGUCGCCUUCGCUGGCCGAUUCUAGCGAUCGUCUUUAUCGUGACCGCCUUCUCAUUCUUCGGCGAUGUGAGGCGGUCCUUCGAGAUUCCAAUCGAGCAGUCCUUCCGGGAGCCUAUCGAGGAAUCCCUUCGAGAACCCGUCGAGCAGCCAGGUCACCCGAUACCCUCGUCUCCCGAUGACGAAUCUUGGACGUUCGAUGUGAAAAGGGAUAGUCUUAAUUAUGGGCUUUCCGACAGCCAAUGCGAGAAUGCGUUCCCUGAUCUAUAUCAAGAAAUCGACCGCGCCCGAGAUUUUCUUCUAGAGCAAAACAAACGCAUCAAGGAGUCGGACGUCCAGGUUGACGCAAAAAAAGAUUACACCGGUCUCCCGCACGGCGAAUUCCACGUUAUGAUUUCGAAUGGCGAAUUAUACGUAAUUAAGGAGAAGAAAGGCGAACCGGAUCGCUCCCGCGGUCUCGCAGCUCUCGCGAACCUGUAUCGCGCUAUAACUGCUAUCCCCGAUCCUCGAUCGCUCCCGAACGUCGAAUUCAUUAUCGAUAUCGAGGAUAGAGCAGCCAGGGGGGAAAAGAAUGAGGAACGUAUCAGAUGGAGUUGGGCGCGCGAAGAGGAUAAUCAGUGGUUAUGGGUCAUGCCCGAUUUUGACGGAUGGAGCUAUCCCGACGAUGGUAUAGGGUCCUACGUUCAGUUCCGCGAGGACGCGACGGAGUUGGAGGCCCAAUAUCCCAACGGCUGGGAUGAUAAAGAAGACAAGCUGUGCUGGCGCGGGAGUCUGGCCGUGAAUCGUAAGCUACGAACCGCCUUGGUGGAGGCUUCGAAAGGUUACGAUUGGAACGAUGUCGAGGCUAUCGAUUGGCAUAACCGCACAAAUAUUAUGGCCAUGAAAGACUUUUGCCGUUUCAAAUACGUUGCCCAUACCGAAGGCAAUUCCUGGAGCGGACGGCUGCGAUAUCUACAGAAUUGCGAAAGCGUCCCGAUAAUCCAUAAGCUAAAUUACGUCUUCCACUACCAGCCCCUUUUAAAAGACAGCGGGCCUCACCAGAAUUACGUCAAAGUGAAACGUGAUUGGUCGGACUUGAAAGCGCAGAUGGAUGGGCUCGUGGCAGAUCCCGAUCGAGCGCGGCGGAUCGCAAAAGAGUCUGCACAAGUAUUCCGAGACCGCUAUCUCACACCGGCUGCCGAGGCUUGCUAUUGGCGGCGGAUGAUUCGCAACUGGCGCGCCGUGAUGGAUUUCGAGCCGCGACGGUACGAAACUAACGAUGACGGCGUUAAGGUUAGAAGAGGCGUGAGCUGGGAACGGUUUGCCUUUAGGCAGAGCAAGAGCUUCGAGCAUGGAUUCUGGGAGUCUGACAACAGCGACACGGUCGGAGCCGAGUAAGGUCUCAUUUCUACUUGGCAAAGUUAUUACGGAUAUAUAUCGCCGACGAUUCGCUAAGGUUAGCCAUCUGAGAUAGCAAGCCACCGCCGCGGAUUGGGUUGCCCAUCAGUCAGAAUUACACAACAGGAAUGUAACCCGGCACUGACGCGUAGGCCAAAGAUGUAAUAGGCCGGUGCCCUGGAUGUACGGUACGAACGGGCUGGGUCUGCAUAUUCUGACGGGCCUAGACAUGCACUCAUCAGGUAGAGAAGUGGAACGGAGCAAGAAGCCAGAUGUAUAAUGAAGGGACAUCCAUGUCACUUAUAAGUGUUUAAACAUUGCUUAGAUAGCCGCGGGGCUCUAAGGACUCUUUUAUAGCUACACGAGCCUAAUUUACUGGCAAGGCGGGUCAGACCGGCGCUGUUACCGCAAUUAAUAAAA